AUGGUGGAUAACAAUGCUCCUGUGAAUGUUCUAUUUGUCUGCCUAGGAAACAUAUGUCGAUCCCCAAUGGCGGAAGGAGUAUUUCGCAACUUGGCCGAUGCAAACCCUAUCAUCGGCGAGAUCGACUCAGCCGGCACUGCUGCUUAUCACAGCCUUGAGCCCCCGGACUCCCGGACCAUGUCUACCCUUCGCCGCCAUGGCAUUACCAAGUACAGCCAUGCCGCCCGCAAGGUGACCAAGGAUGACUUCCUGCACUUUGACUACGUACUUGCCAUGGACAAAUCAAACUUGCGGGAUUUGCUCGAUGUCCGAGACUCCGUGAUUGGCUCGCGGAAGAAGACUGCAAAUACGAAGGUUGCCGAGGUGCGGUUGUUUGGUGACUUCCAUGAGGAUGGAAAGCUACAUGGCCAGGUCGGUGGUGGUGAAGUUGUGCAGGAUCCUUACUAUGGUGGUGCCAAUGGUUUUGAAGAGGUUUACCAACAGACUGUUAGGUUCUCACAAGGCUUUUUGGAAUAUGUGAAGAACAAUUCUGAUUGA